AUGGCACAGAAGAAUAUGAAAUCAAACACGACUACAUCAUUAAAACAAGCAAGUACUUUAACAAAAUCUUCAAUUAACAAUAUUCAGUCUCAAGAACAAUCAAUAGUUAAGACAACAUCAAUUGAAUGUCCAAAAAAUAUUAUGGAGAAUUAUAUUAUUAUUUGGUUAGAUUCUAAUCUUAAUUUGUCGAAAGAAGAAAACAAAGAAUUAAUUAAUCAACUUCGAGCUAUCGUUAACACUAUUAUAACCUUGAAUGAUAUUGAUCAAUGUGUUAAAUUUCUUAAAGCAAUUAAAAAUGAAAAAAUCUUUUUAAUCAUUUCUGAUUGUUUCAUUAAACAGAUUGCUUUACUCGAAAAAGAAUUUACUCAACUCAAUUCAAUCUAUAUAUUUUGUGAUCAAAAAUUUCAAUCUGAUGAAAUCAUCAAAGCAUACAAAAAAGGAAAAGGUGUUUUUACUCAAAUGAAACUUCUUUGUAAUGAACUAAACAAAGAAAUUCGUCAAUUAAAUAAUGAUUUAAUGCCAACUAGUAUUAUUCCAGUAUCAUCGACUACUAAUUUGAAUGAACUUGAUCCAUCAUUUAUGUAUUGUCAAUUACUUAAAGAGAAUUUUCUGACAACUCAAUAUGAUGUUGAAAGUUCUGUUCAAGAACUCAUUAAAUUUUGCAGUACUAAUUGCGAUGAGAACAAUGGCAACAGAGGACUAUUUGAUGACUUCGAACAAAAAUAUUCUGAAAGGUCACCAAUUUCCUGGUACACACAACAAGGUUUCGCGUACAGGAUGCUCAACAAAGCUUUAAGAAAACUUGAUAUUCAAACCAUUAUAAAAAUGGGAUUUUUUAUUCGAGAUCUUCAUAAGGAGAUAGAAUAUUAUCAUUCGAAAUUCAAUGUUAAUCGAUGUUCGUUCACUGUCUAUCGAGGACAAAGCUUGCCAAAUGAGACGUUUGAAAAGCUGAAGAAAACCGAAGGUGAUCUUAUAGCGUUCAAUAAUUUUCUUUCCACGACCACUGAAAUAUCUAUUGCUGUGGGCUUUGCUGGUCAAAGUCAAUAUGAUACCAAUACAACAAGAAUUUUGUAUGAAAUGAAAAUUGAUCCAUCCAUCUCAUCAAUACCUUUUGCUUCAGUGGAUCAUCUAAGUGCUUUUCCCCACGAAAAAGAAUGUCUUUUCUCGAUGUGUACAGUCUUUCGAAUUGGUGACAUCGAAAAGUAUGAUGAACGUCUAUGGAAAGUUAAAUUGACGUUGACAAAUGAUAAAGAUCCAUUACUUAAACGUCUUACUGAUCAUUUGAGAAUUUCACUCGGUGAUGGAAGUGGAACACGUCGACUAGGUCAAUUAAUGAUGAAGAUGGGUCAAUUUGAUAAAGCUUUAGAGAUUUAUGAAAUAUUACUCAAAACUGUUGAUCCUAAUGAUAAAGCAGAAACGGCCUUUCUUCAUAAUCAAUUAGGAUAUAUUCGGAAACAAAAAGGUGAAUUAGAAAAAGCAUUUUAUCAUUAUGAAGAAUCUAUUAACAUUAGUCGAACUUAUAUGUCGGAUAUUGAUCCUCGAUUCUCUAGUACAUAUUCGAAUAUUGGUGGAAUUCUUAAAAAACUAGGUGAUUUGAAUAGAGCAUUGAAAUUCUAUGAACUUGUUCUUAAGAUCGAUCUGGCUGCUCGAAAACCUAAUCAAUUAGAAAUUGCUAUUGAUCACAAUAAUAUUGGUUCUGUACUUGAUGACCAAGGUAAAUAUGCUGAAGCACUCAAAAGUUAUGAACAAGCAUUAGAAAUCAAACUUUCUCAUCUACCACCUCAUCAUCCAUCAUUAGCAAGUACUUAUAGUAAUAUUGGUUUAAUACAUCGAAAAAUGGGUGAUUGUUCAACUGCAUUAUCAUUCUAUCACAAAACACUUGAAAUUCAACAAAAAUCUUUACCAUCUAAUCAUUCAUCGUUAGUUGUUACUCAUGGAAAAUUGGCGAUAGCAUUAGAAGAUCUUCAUCGAUAUGAAGAAGCUAUUCAACAUGCUGAGAAAGCUGUUAGUAUUGCAGUUGAUGCAUAUGGAUCUUCACAUCCCGAAGUGGAAAAACGACAGCAAUAUCUCAAUAAACUUAAAAAAGAAAUUUAA